AUGGCUAGCAACAACCAAAAUUCUCGUCUUCAUUCUUCUGGCAGCAAUCAUUGCCGAAAUAAUACUGAUCGUCGUUAUUCUGAUUUGUUUUCGGGAUUUUCUUCUUCGUCACGAAAUGGUCGUUUUCAUCAGGAUACAACCAGCGGACGUGCGCAUCAUCAAACACGAAAUAUGAAUGACAAUUCUUUUAGGUAUCCGUCAUCGACGGCAUUUCCUCAUCCAAGUUAUCCCUGGACAAUAGAAAAUAACAAUUCUCACAGUUCUACUCAUCAACAUCGAUCAAAUGAACAGCCUUUGUUCAGCCAUGAUUCAUUACAUCGUUCAUCAUAUCCACUACCAAACAGAAAUGAUUCAAACGAGCAAAUUCGAUUGAUGCCAAAUUUUGGUUCAAAUCAUUGUCAAAGUGUAAAUAAGUUUAACAACAUCAGUCAGAAUGAUUAUCAUUGUUCGUAUUCUCAACAUCACAAUCAAUCAUUUCAUCAACAACAAAAGACUAAUAACAACAAUAGUCGACAAGAAUAUGAGAAUGAUUUGUUCCCCAUUGGAGAACAAUCACAUCAAAGCACGAAACGUCGACGAACAUCAAAUCAAAGUCGGCUACAAGCGUCAACACUUUCUUCCUCAACACCACCAUUACAACAUGAUCAUAAACGUUUAAGGUCGAUACAAGAAAAUGAUGCAUAUGUACGACAAAAUUAUGUUCAACAUCAAACAAGGUACGUUAGUUUAGGGAUCAUCAAUGAAGGGAUAAAUGACUUGACAUUUCAACAUUCAAAUGCCUCAAGUUAUCGUCCAUUUUCAAAUGAUUCUGAGGAACAAUAUCAACGAUAUUAUCGUCAACACCUAGAAAAUUCAUGGAUGCGCUCGAUUCAGACACAAGCACAUCCACAACCACAAAGACCGGCAACAUCAAUAUAUAAUGAUUGGCAUAGUCCUCAUGAUAUUUCAACACGAGCAGCAUCAUAUCAAAAUCGUUCUCGACCUCAGAUACAUUCACUACAAGCACAACCACAAUUGACUCAUGAACAACAUCCUCAUCAACACUCAGAACAUCAUCACCCGCGACGACGUUCUUAUCAUCACCAUCGUCAUCAUCAUUUAUCAACAAGACGACAUGAAGACGAAAAUCAACGCCGACAGAUGAGAGGAAGAUUAAAUUUUUCAAAUGAUCUUAUAAGAUCAAUCGUACCCCAAUUGUUUAAUGGACAUGAGACAUUAACUGAUGAAUUGAUGAUGGAACUUCUUGCAGUAACAUCGCCCAAUGAUCAUUAUCAUAUCUUGUAUCCAGCUACAGUGACAAUUGAAAUAUCAGAAAUAAUCAGUUAUGUCGUUCCAGAAGAUGUUAGCGUUGGUCUUGAUAAAACCAUGAUUGAUGCAUUACCAAUUGUUGUUUAUUCAAAACCAUCACAUUGUAGUGGAGAUGAGAAUGUUGAUAAAUGUGCAGUGUGUUUAACAAUAUUCGACAAUGGUGAACAUCUAAAAAUGUUAAGUUGUAAACAUUUAUAUCAUGGCCAGUGUAUCGAUCCGUGGUUACAGUCAAACAGUUCUUGUCCAAUAUGUCGACAUGAUUUACGCGAACAAAUGUCAGAUUGA